GCAGCAUCACUUCCUCUCUCCCAAGCCGCGCCUGCUGCCCCACUCUCGGUGGGACGGGGGGCUAGCCGAUAGACGACAGCCCCUUAGCAGAAAAAAAACAAACCAUGUGAAGAAAAAGUAUAUAAAAGGGACGCAGAAAGCAAACAGCCGGGGUCAGGAAUCAUUCAUCCGUCUCGGCAGCGGGUCGACCUUCUCACGGCUCGGCACGGAGCGGAUGGACAGUGGCGGAGAGGAGCUGGACACCCUCACCGAAGGUAGCAGACAGAUAUACCAUGCCGACGAAUGAUGGCCCUAGUCGCUUCCCAGUCUUUGUGGCUCCGCCCAAUGGCAACCUCCAGCGCUCCCCAGGAUAUGUCCCUGGGCGUGUGGCUCCAGUCCGCUCACCUCCACCUGCCAAAGCCCCACCACCACCUCCAAUAUUAAAGCCACACGGCCCACCUCCGGAGAGACGAGCCACCUUCAGCGUGUCAGAGGAGAACCAGCGCAGAGAACGCGCUCAGAGCCUCCGGAGGAGAAGGAACACGUUCAUCUGUUUUGGAGUGUCUCUCGGGGCUUUCUUCCUCUCCCUCAUCCUCAUCCUCAGUCUCACAGAUGGUGACGUCUUAGACGAAAAUUGUCCCGACCACAACCCGACCCUUAGCAGCUGGAACCCAGGACACCAACCAGAGAGGGCCAUGGUGGUCCACAGGGGAAGCUAUUUACGAUUAGAUGGUUCAGCCACCUUCCGAUCCCUGACCAUCCAGUCAGGAGGUCGAGUGGUUUUUGCAGACAACAUUGAUGGCUCCAACAACAUCACUUUGAAAACUCAUUAUAUCCUGAUAGAAGAUGGUGGAGCCCUGCACAUCGGCGCACCCAAGUGCCGCUACCGUUCUCGUGCCACCAUUGUCCUUGUGGGCCGCUCUGAUGACGAGACGGUCGCUGACGUCCCUGGUUUGGGCCGUAAGUUUAUCGGCGUUCUUGGUGGUGGGACUCUGGAGCUCCAUGGAACAGAGAGAAUUUCCUGGUCUGUGCUGACCCGAACCGUCCAGGCGUCCGGUCUGGCCACAGGAGGUUAUGCCUUCCAACGAAACUUCAGCCGUGGCAUCAAUCUACGCGUGGUGGACCAGGACACGGCUGCUGUACUGUUCUCCGAGCGCUAUGACACACACGACUCACGCAAUGACAGUCGACGACUCACCCAGCUGCUUCGGUCACUGCCAGCGGGCCGCAUCGUCACUCUGGCUGUUGGAGAUUCAGCCGUCAAAAGUCUUCUGGAGGAAACCAAGAAGACAAUUGAAGAAAGGCUUGGUAGCAGCUAUGUCUACGAUCUCAAAUACAGACAGGCGUGGGCUCUGGUGUCAGUGGUGGGCGGCGGUAAUGCGUCGUGUUCGGAGGACGUCAGGGAACACGAGAACCACGACACAGGGGGGAAAGCUCUGGCCCGACGGAACUUCACCACCGUGGACGGCGUGGGUUUCUCCGUCACCGCGUACAGUGAAUGGAGAAACGGUUUUCCCAUCUCAGGCUUCCAGGUGGACGCUGUGGAUCAGGUGGUGCUGAACCUGCAGGAUGAGGUGCAGCAGACCUGGCACCCCGGGGAUCAGAUUGUGGUUGCCAGUACAGACUACUCCAUGCACCAGGCAGAGGAGUUUACCCUGCUGCCCUGCUCUCAGUGCACCAGCAGGCAGGUCAGGAUACAAGGGAGGCCUCAGUAUUCCCACGUCGGAGAAAUUGUAGAUGGGGUAGACAUGCGAGCUGAAGUGGCUCUGCUCUCCAGAAACAUUCUCGUCUACGGAGAAAUGGAAAACUCCUGCUAUGGAAACAACGCCUGCCAGUUCUACAACCACGACACCUUUGGAGGCCACAUCAAGAUCCUUGGGAACUUCUCCUCGGUGCAUCUGUCUCAUGUAGAGCUGAAGAACAUGGGCCAGCAGGGAGUGAAAGGCCGCUACCCCCUCCACUUCCACCUGUGUGGGGACGUCGACCAGAAAGGAGGCUACUGGGAGCCCACCUACGUGGAUGGACUGUCCAUACACCACUCCUUCUCUCGCUGCCUCACCGUCCACGCCACCAAUGGACUACUGGUGAAGGACACCGUGGGUUAUGACACCUUGGGUCACUGUUUCUUCCUCGAGGACGGGAUUGAGCAGAGAAACACUUUCUACCACAACCUGGGCCUGCUCACCCGACCCGGGACCCUGCUGCCGACCGACCGCAACGACACUGUCUGCACCAGCAUCAAGGACAAAGUCUACAAGGGCUACACUCCCUCACCCAGCACAGAGUGCAAGGCAGUCUCAACAUUCUGGAUCGCCAACCCCAAUAACAACCUCAUCAGCAAUGCUGCCGCUGGUUCUCAGGACGCCGGCAUAUGGUAUGUGUUCCACAGCUCUUCCACAGGAGACACUCAUGGGCUGGUACCAGAGACCAAGGCAGAGCUCACACCUCUGGGAAUUUUCUACAAUAACCGUGUGCACUCCAACUUUAAGGCAGGGCUGUUUAUUGAUAAGGGAGUAAAGACGACCAAUGCAAGUGCUGCAGACCCCCGGGAAUACCUGUGUCUAGAUAACAGUGCCAGAUUCCGACCGCACCAGAACGCUGAUCCGAGCCGUCCUCGGGUGGCAGCGGUCAUCGACACCCUGAUCUCCUUCAAGAACAACGACUUGGGAGCGUGGAUUCGGGGCGGUGACAUCAUCAUCCAGAACUCCGGCUUUGCAGACAAUGGUGUGGGAUUGUCCUUUGCCAGUGAUGGGAGCUACCCUAAAGAUGAAGGCUCCAGCCAGGAGGUGACCCAGUCUCUUUUUGUGGGUGAGAGUCGAAACAGAGGGACCAAUGGAGGACAGAAUAAAUACUGGGGCCUGGGUGGAGCUGAUGGGAAGAUGAGGACGCUGCCUAGAAACAGGACAUUCCCAAUCCGUGGUUUCCAGAUCUAUGACGGUCCGGUGCGGCUAACUCGGAGUACGUUUCGUGGCUUCGUCCCCACGGCAGAACGCUUCACCAGCGCGGUGGGAUUUAACCUGAGGAACACCUGGCAGCUCACCCCCCGCAACAACCUGUCUCAGCUCAGCUUUCACUCCUCUGUGGGUCUGCGGGCAUUCUUCGGUCGCCCAGGGCAGUGGUUUGAGGAGAACGACCUGGACGGUGAUAAGAACUCCAUCUUCCACGAUGUGGACGGCUCGGUGACAGGCUACAGAGACACUUAUGUUGGCAGAGCAGACAACUUCCUGAUCCAGCAUCCCAGCUGUGUCAACAUUUCCCAGUGGAAUGGAGUGAUCUGCAGUGGUCGCUACUCCCAGGUGUACAUCCAGACGCAGGGAGCUUCCAGCCUCAGUCUGUCCAUCAGCAGAGAUGAGUAUCCUGACGCUCCUCUGGUGCUGAGGGGCAUCAACAGCCAGGGGGCGCUGUCGCAGCAGUACCAGCCCAUCCUGAUGAUGAGCAAGAGCUACACACUGCACUGGAAUGGACCAGCACCCAGAGAAGUCGUCCUCUCCCUCAUCAACUUUGACAAAGGUGACUGGGUGCUGGUCGGACUCUGUUACCCAUCAGACACCACGUUCCAGAUCAUGGCCGACAUCAACGAUCGGCAGAGCAACAGCUUCGACGACAUCACAGACUACGGCACUGUGGCAUCGCUGGCAGAGCUGCAGAAGCGGCCGAUGGAGAGGAAAUACUUCUUCGACCGCACCGUUGGGCUGUUGUGGCUCUACCUGCGGGCCAGACACGGUCGGGACAGCCACAGCUACUGUUCAGUGAAAGGCUGCGAGAGAGUGAAGGUCACAGCCACCACGUCCUCCAGACAGACGUGUAACUGUACAGCCAAAGCCUACCCCAAGUACACCAAGACCCCCUCGGCGGCCGUCCCCAUGCCACGUCUCAACACGCAGCCCUGCAAAGGCUGCGGCGCCAAACAGCUGGUGUUCUCCAGCGAGCCGUGGACCUCCUACUUGCAGACACAAAUCAAGUCCCUCAGCACAAAGGAGCAGCAGAGUGGAGACGACAGCUCUUUCAUCACUGUCAAUGAGGUGACCUUGCCCUUCUUCCAGCCUGGGUAUUUCCUGGUCUCUGUGGACGCCUGCACUGGGAAAGUCACCAAGAAAACCUCCUUUGCCAAAAUGGAUGCCAAGAUGGAACAGUAUCUAAAAAGUGGAAUACCAAAGAGGUCAAUAGUGCUCAUGGCAACACGAGGGCAGCCAGAAGGUCUGGUUGGUGUAGCGCCAUAUCUGGUCUCCUUUGGUUUAGCCAAGGCCGCUGACCUGCACAAAAAAGAAAGUCUGGCGCUCUGGGGGUUCCUGGGUGGGUCUUUACCCCCUCCGUGGGUCUUGGUCCAGGCUGGGCAGGGGGAGGAGGUCCUGGGGCUGCAGGAGCGCUACUUGCCCCUGUGUCUGGAGGCUUACGGCUGCCCGACACCUGGAACUAAAACACGGAGGGACCUGGAGCUGCUGAAAACAGCCACAGGACAACACUGACCAAUGUGAACUACACAACUUAACUACCCAAAAACACACUUGCACACAGAUACACAUACACACACAGCCAGCUGAUGAAUGUGAACUGCUGAACUUUUAAUUUAUUAACAAUGGCAAAGAUGUUUACCGAUUUGAAGUGGAGAGGGGGUAUUUUAUUUUGAGCAGGGUGAGUAUUUUUGUGAUAUUUGAUUGCGUUUGUGUGUGGGUGUGUAUGUGUAUGUACACCUUGGGGAGGACCAUUGAGUCAGUGCACUUUCCUUUUUAAACACACAACUUGCCUUAUUAGCCAAAGUGAUCGAAUGGAGCAUUGCAAUAACUUUAUCACAUUUGUCACAGUCAACAAAGAAACAAAUGGAAAAAGAAAACCAAGCAGCCUUUACAUCCACCCUACUGAGCUUAAUAUUAAUUGUGGCAAUAAUGAAAACUAAGAGUGAAUAGGACUGAAUCUGAAAACUGAACAGAAUGCUUUAGACACGCCCAGGCCAGAGGGAAAUUAUGAAAAUAAAGGGCAGUGUACCUGAAAAUGAGAACAUGUUCAGGUCUAGCCGAAAAUGAAAAGAGAUGGAUUAGAUAUGCUCAGGUCAAAAGGAAAUUAUGAAAAUAAAUGUCAGUGCCUCUGAAAAUUAAACAAUGAUAUUUAGCGCCAAAAAGUAAUAUGUAGAGACUGGAGCCAGACAGGGCCAUUGGAUUAAUUGUGUUAGGUGCCAAGAAUAUUUAUUCUAAAACACCAACGUUUUCAUAAAUAGCUAACUCAUAACAAGCCAUAUUUAUGUUAAGCUUUAAAUAUACGGCGGUUUUUCAGUGACUUGAAUUUCAAAGAUAGCUGGAUGUCUUGGUUGACCUGCUUUGUCUCACUUUCCAACACCCAGACACUUUGUCGCUCAUUACUAUACGGUAACUGUCCUCCAUUCCUCACACAUCCCCUGUCAUUUUUAUUUGGUGUGUGUCGCACCUGAAUCUUAAACUGGAGAACCUCUGAUCAUCGUGCAGCUGUGCAACAAAAGACUUAAGCACCUUUUAUGGAUUCCUACAAGGAGUUACUGGAUCUUUUGUCACAUGUUUGUAUUUAUCUCUGCAAUGAUGGUAUCCCCAGUGCUGGCCAUACGUGCAGCACAGAUAUUUCUUCUUCUUUUUCUUCUUUUUCUUCCUUUUCUUUUGUCUUCUUC